AUGAACAGAGAGAUCGAGAUGCAGGAUAAUCUGCAAGCCAAUAAUCAGGCAUGGUCUCCGGGGCUAGAUCGAUCUGGAACUGCCGAACACGCCCAACAACGCGCCAGACGCACACAAUCCAAUGUGAUCCACAAGACACCCCCGCCUACAGGACUAACCAUAACUGCUGCCGAUGGUGUUGUCACGGAUGCCCUGCAGUAUCGGCGUGGCAGUGUACAAAGAAGGAAUAUGAAAGGGGUGGCAUCCCUACCCGCAGGUCCUAUCCGCAAGUCAGAGUCCGAUGGGUCGCUGAACGGACAGGACGGUACCAGGUCAUCGCAUGACUCGACUAAGUCGCCCAAGGGUACCAGGCCUGCGAAACGCUUCUCGGUCCUGAAUAGCCCCCAGAUUAGACGGGUAGAGAAUCUUUUUGGGCUUGUGAGGAAAUCGUCGUCAAAAGGGGAUUUGGCAGGCAGUAACAGUGACAAUGACGAAGACAGCGCCACACGCUUGGAACAGAAGGGUGGCACGAGUUCGAAAGCAUCCCAACUCUCCGAGAAGCCCAAUAAGUUAAGCAAGAAAGGGUCAAAACCCGCCACACUGAACCAGGUGACCACCAAAGGCAUAGAAAACGCCGCCUUUGUGAUGGCCAAUAUUUGGAAUCCCCUCCGCAGCGGGUUUCAGUUUCUGAAGCCGACAUUCCCGCAGAUCGUGUCGGAGCUGGAAGAACAUGCCAGCUAUUCCAACAUUUUCCACAGCGGUGUGAUGUGCGUUAAGAUCAACACGGUCAUGUGGCGGCUGAGUGUGGGCAUGCUGACAGCCAGGAACCUGAUUGUGUUCACGCUCGUGCGCACCCAAGACAUGCUGGGAGAGAUCAUUGUGUCAAUCAGCCCCAUCAAUAUCAUUCGGUGUGAGGCUAUAGAGAGUAAGAGGGAUCAUCCGGACCACUUGUUCAACUGUUAUCUGAGGCACACUCGUCCAUUCCAUAAACCAAGUUUACAAGACCAGGACAUAAAACAAGUUUACGAGACCAGUACUAAAACUCCUAUGAACCACCAUCAGGACGGCCGCACACUGAAGUGCGCUACCACAGCCGACUGGCGGAGGGACAAAUGGGUCACGGAGAUUAAUGCUGUGCUUAAACGAAACGAGGGUGUUGUGAAGGUCACCAAAGAUCAUCUGAAAUUGGAAAAGUGGAGCCGAGCCAUGAGCUCGGUGAGCGCGAGCUCCAAUGAAAUGUCUGAGGGUGACGCGCAAGAGGGCACAUUUAAAGAUGGUGUGGCUGUACUUAUGGUGGCGCUAGCGCGUUCGCAGGCGGCCCCGGGCGAGAACUGUGGGUCUGUGUUGCUGGGUAUACGACCAGAAGUGGGUGCUAAAAUCGUCUUCUGUCGACCGCAGAGUGCAAUGGAAGAGGUACGCAUCUUCCUGACCUCGGGCAACUACGCCAGUAUCAACCUGAAUAGAUCGCUGACUAGUAUUAAGCACUACAUCAGAAUCGGUGGCAUUCCGGAUGACAAACCCUCGCACAUACCAAACUAUGAACUAGUCGAGAUCCUAAAACCCGACGACCUGUCUCCAGUGGUGAACCCCAUACUCGAGGAAAGCAAUGCACGCCAACUCACACCCAACGCACGCCUGAAGAAGUACCUGCAUGCGGUGUGUGUGUACAUCCACACAUACGAGCUGCUGUGUGUAGGCCUAUCCUUGCUGUUGGUGGGGAUUGUGUUGCCCAGUAUAGUGGCCGAUUACAUAGUCGUGGUGGUGGGUACGGCAGUCGUGUGCCUGUUUCUGCACCUGCAUGUGAUGCCUGAUCUGGACACGGUCAAAGAUCAUGAAACCUACUAUGAGCUGACAAUCAACGGAACACUGCGGUUCUCCGACUGCUCAGACGAUGACGAAUCAGAUACAGCGACCCAGAUGUGCGCUCGUACGGGCACAGUGGUCCCUCGUGAGCCCAUACCGUACAGUGUCAGUCAUGCAUGA